CAUUGUUAAAAUUACGUUACACUCCGACCUUUCUCUGAUGCUCAGUAGGAUUAAGCAUGGCGCUUACUUCUUUGCAAAUCUCCUUCGACAUCCUUUCCUUCUCUUCCGUACAUUUUCUUCAUACUCUAAAUCUGAAAUCAGAAAACCAAAUGCUCUCUACAGAAACCCAAAAAUCAGGGAGAGAAGAUGUGUUGAAUCUCGUGUUCAUCGUCAGUUUCCUCUGGCUACUCGUGAACUCAGGUAUGAUUCCGAUGACCCAUCACGGAAAAUCUCACUGGUUUCAGAUAAUUUAUCUCCCGAUGUCGUAGGAAUCUGUUCAUUACUUUCCCAGUAUAGUGGGCCAACCAGAAAUCUCGAUAACUUGCUGAAAGAGUUCAAGUUGAAGCUGAAUUCUGACCUAGUUUUGGGAAUUUUGAUGAAUUAUAGAAAGUUAGGGAGAACUAAUACUUUGGGGUUCUUCUCUUGGGCUGGAUUUCAAAUGGGUUUUAGUUUUGACGAUUCCGUGAUCGAAUACAUGGCUGAUUUUCUAGGCAGGAGGAAGCUUUUUGAUGAUUUGAAGUGUCUGUUGAUGACAGUGUCGGCUACUAAGGGUAGGGUUUCCUCUCGGGCUGUUUCUAUUUGUAUUAGGUUUUUGGGUAGGCAAGGGAGGAUCAAGGAAGCCCUUUGCUUGUUUGAAGAGAUGGAAACAGAGUUAAAGUGUAAACCUGAUAAUCUUGUGUUUAAUAACAUCCUCUAUGUGCUUUGUAAGAAGGAAAAUUCAGAGGAUCUGAUUGAUAUUGCACUUGCCGUCUUUCGUCGGAUUGAGUCCCCUGAUUCAUACUCCUAUAGUAACAUUCUUGUUGGUCUUUGUAAAUUUGGUAGAUUGGAGAGUGCUCUUGAAGUGUUUUAUGAAAUGGGUAGAGUGAAUUUGGUCCCUACAAGAACUGCUGCGAACGUUCUCAUUGGGGAAUUGUGUAAAUCAAGCACAAAUGAAGAUUGUAUCAACAAAGUUAAAGUUACUAACUCUGGUAGACCCUUCACCAUUCUUGUUCCGAAUGUGGGCUCAAAUAGUGGUGGCAUUCUCUUUGCAACACAAGUUUUCUGGGCCAUUCAUGAUUUAGGUUUGCUGCCUAGUGCAUUCAUUAUCAAUCAGCUUAUUUCAGUACUAUGUCAAUUUAAGAGAAUAGAAGAAGCUGUUGAAAUUUUGAAGGUUGUUGAGGAGCGGAAGUUGAGUUGUGUCGAUGAGAGCUACACGAUUCUAAUUCGUGGUUUGUGUGAUGCUCGUAGGGUGAAUGAAGCUUGCCAGUUGUUUGGGAGGAUGAUUUCUCAAGGUUUGAAGCCAAAACUUGUAAUUUACAAUUCACUUAUUUGUUUGUUAUGUAAACUGGGGACUGUGGAAGAAGCAGAGCGGCUGUUUGAGAUUAUGAACAAGAAGAGAUGUGUCCCAGAUAAUGUAACUUAUACAGCAUUAAUCCAUGCUCAUGCUGUAGCGCGUAACUGGGAGGCAGCCUAUGGAUUGUUGAUAGAGAUGUUGGGGCUGGGGUGGUGUCCCCAUUUCCACACGUAUAAUUAUGUUGAUAGCCUUUUGAAGGAGCAUGGACGAGUUGAUUUAUCUUUGAAGUUGGAAGGAAAACUACAAACACAAGUCUUGUACAAGCAUUGCAAAGCUGGUAGACUGGAGCUGGCAUAUGAGAAGCUAAGCUCGAUGGUUGAGAAGGGCUUCUACCCACCUAUCUACGUGAGGGAUGCUUUUCUACAUGCAUUUCAGAAGUCUGGAAAAGGGAAGAUGGCUCAUGAGUUGCUAGAUAGGAUGGACAGGAUAUCCUGGAAGUGAUCUCCCAAGUUUCAAGGAGGUAAGAUAUAGAGCUCCUAUGAUUUGCUCCAAUUCGUGGAGUUCUCUACUGUGAAUUCAGAAUCUAAUCCCGCCCUUCGUAAGCCAACUCUGCAACCUUGACUUUCUCAACCUCUCCUUCAACCAGUUCUCUGGUUCCAUCCCAGCUUCCCUCGCAGACCUCCCCAAAUCAACUGUCCCUCACCUCUACAUCAACAGCCUCACAGGAGAAAUCCUCGAAUUCUGGGAAAGAUUUCAACUGCCCUUAAACCUCUACCUCUUCUACAACCAGCUCUCAGAUGAGAUCCCAUGAUCAUUAGGUGACGUGCAUUUUGUUACAAUUGAUCUCUCACAAGCUUGCAGGGGACACAUAGAUGUUGUCCAAGGGGAACAUGUCAAUGGAGGCGAUCCAUCUGUUGAGGAACAUUUACAGUUAAAUCUAUUGAAGGUGGAGUUGGCAAAGAACUUGCAGCACGUGGACAUUUCGCACAACAGGAUUUUUGGGAAUAUAGCAGAGGCCAUGACAGGGUUGGAUUUGCAGUACUUGGACAUGAGUUAUAAUCUUUUGUGUGGCAGACACCUUAAGGCAGGAUGGCACAGAACUUCAAUCCCUACUCCUUCCAUAAGUGCCUGUGUGGCUCGCCGCCCGGUGCCUGUAACUAGCAAGAGAUCCUUAACUGCGCAAAGAAGUUUGAACUUUUUGAAGCCUUUGUGGUCAUUAUGUAGGUACCAAGGGAGGGAGGCAACCAGAAUAGAGAACUUCAUAUCAUUCACUCUUUCUCCGGUGUUGCACUCGAAUGUUCAACAUUAUCACAUCAUCCAUAGGUUGGAUCAGGUUUGGUGGUUAAGCUACACUUAUGAUCUUAUUAGAGUCUAGUAUUGAAGGCGAAUGGAGUGACGGAUAAACUCCUACAUUUCUCUAUUAAUAUUAUCUUUAUUCAUUGCUCUAUCUUUUAAUCUAGAGUGCAUCUUGUUGUCACCAGAAUGGUGAAAUAAGAAGUUGUAACAUUCUUUUGAUUAUUCAUUGUCUUACUCUCGGAAGUCAUUUGAUGCCAUGGUAAGAAAAGGUUUUUAAAUUAAUUUGAAAGUGACUUGUAUAUGCUUACUCAUUGAAAGAAAAAAAUGUGUUAUACUAGAAGUAUGGUUUUUUUUUUCCCAACAAACCUUGGUUACAACAAAUUUUUCCUUCAAUUUAUUAGGUGGAUCAUCAAGGAGAAUUCUGAACAAAUAUCUAUAUAAUUUUGUUUUUUCAUGAAAAAUAAAUAAUAAAAUCAUCAUAAAAAAUAGGUAGUAGUAAUAAUAACAUUUAUUUUAUAGUAUAAAAAUUAAAACACAAAAUAAUCAUGUCAUGCCUUGAAAAGAUGCAUGUCAGGUAUUGUUGAGCAGUCAUUAAAAUGGCAUGCAUUCAUCACAAGCUCACAACUAAUGAAUACACAAUGGCACCAUAUGUUGUUCGCGUGAUAUUUGUUUAUAAGAACUCAAAAGUAUUCUUCAUACACAAUAUCUUUACUUUCAUCUCUCAAUCUAUUUGCAUGUUAGAAAAAAAAAAAUUAUGAUAAUGAAAAUUACUAAGCUAUGGGAGAAAAUCAAUAUAUUAUAAAAAUAGAAAUUCACUGAAACAAGACUCAGUGAUUGACUUCAUAUUAAUUGUCAAUUGCCACUUCUUCAUUAUCUAAAUUUUUUUCUUUCCCUUUGUGUUUGUAACCCUAUCCACUUUCUCCUUUUUCAAAGUGAUUCCUUCGCUUCAUUUCUCAUUUUUGUCUACCAUUUCUCU